UCUGGCUGCUUCCAGUUUCCUCAGCUCCCCAAGGCUGCUAGCACACCAGGUGCACACAUCUUGACCGACACUACAGCAAGCUGGAUUUUCUUUGCAUUUAAAGAAAAAAAAAAUGUGCCUGUGUCUGUAGAGAUGAUUUGCAGUUCAGCCCGGCUGAAGCUGACCGAAUGAGACUAUGGGCUGUGCCUCCGCUAAGCAUGUUGCUACUGUUCAAAAUGAAGAGGAAGCCCAGAAAGGGAAGAAUUACCAGAACGGAGAUGUGUUUGGAGAUGAAUAUAGGAUCAAACCAGUGGAAGAGGUCAAAUACAUGAAAAAUGGGGCAGAAGAGGAGCAGAAAAUAGCAGCCAGGAACCAAGAAAACUUGGAAAAAAGUGCCACCUCUAAUGCAAGACUUAAAACUAAUAAGGAAAUUCCGGGAUUAGUCCAUCAACCCAGAGCAAACAUGCACAUCUCUGAGAGCCAACAAGAAUUCUUCAGGAUGCUGGAUGAAAAAAUUGAAAAGGGACGGGAUUACUGUUCGGAAGAAGAGGAUAUCACAUAGCACCAACUCUCCCACUGAGACCAGGAGCUACUACUGUGUAAAUAGGUUACACCCCAGUUGAAAUCUUUGCAAAGGUCGGUUAUCUUCAACGAACAGCAUUAUAGCAAAAGAAGAUCGACCCAUAUUGUAUGCCCCAUUAAAUUACAGUGUUUCUUAAUGAACUUGCAAAGGAAUAUUGCUAAAAACAAAAACAAAAAAAA